AUGUCAUAUGGAAUACCAAUGAUUUGGUCAGAGCCAAUUUACCACGAAAGUAAUAGGUGCUACCCAUGUGUGAAUAAUGUGUUUGGUUUGAACAGAAUAAAUGCAGCUGGUUACAAUUAUAAAGAUGUUUCAUCGGCCCAAAUACCACUUCCACAUUCAGACGCAGUUCCGAUUCCCCCAGGGGGGCGAUUCUCGAGUUUAAGAGAAACGUGGCAAGAUAUUAAAAAGAAUACCAAGGCAAAAGCAGCAAAAAGCAAAGCUCACGCACAUCAAACAGGCGGAGGAGAACCUAUGAAAACAGAUUUAGACUGCAAAGAUCUAAAGGUUGUUCAUGGCCUGGACAAUGGAGAGGAAUCCACCAUUGUGUUUCACUUUGAUGAAGAUUAG